UAUAUUUAAUCAGGCCGAAGUUACCUAAAGACAACAAGAGAAUUGCAUGUGUCUAUUUAACCAGUUUAUUUCUAUUGUGUUUGAGCAAAUGAUGACAUUUUAUUGGUUUUUAUAAAUUGACUGGAUCAAAUUAUUUUGGGGGUCACAACCCCUCUAAGCCCCCUGCAAAUUACGCCUAUGAGAAAACAAAUCCACUAACAAAAUCAUCUAAAUAAUCCAAGGUAAAAUACAUAGCCAAUUUUAUGUAUGCACCUACUGGUUUAGGUUUUAAUGUCAACCAUGGCAUUGAUAAACAAAAUGACUUAUGACGUAAUAAAGUCAAUUUAACAGACAUUGAGCUAAAACUUGGCAUGGUAGUCACUGAGAGUCCUCCUCAACACAUACUCUGAGCACAUGAUCACACCAUUCAAGGUUUGUCCAAAACAGCWACAUCAUCCCUCCUGUUCAACUAUUAAAUGGUCCACCGGCCUGCCAUACUUCACACGCUUAUCAGAAAACCCACAUUAAACUAAAUCGUAACAAAGUGGAAUUCACACGAGCAUUAAAGUUAAUUCAAUACAGUUCAAAUAAAAAGAUCAAUCCUAAGCUACGAUGCUAGUUGGGAUUAGCUUUAAAAUAUGUUAGAGGUGGAGCAACAACCUCACCUUCCGAACCAGGAAGCAACGCGCGCGCCGCACACACACACACACACACACACAUACAGGGAGGAAACUCACACUGCAACACACACUCCAGAAAGGUGAGUAAAAAGGAGAAGAUUGGAGAAAUGUUCUCACUUCCUCUUUUCACAAGUUAAACCGUGUGUUACAACUGGACACUGAAUCCGAGCCGUGUGUUUACAGCCAGGGGUAUUACGGUGUCGUCUGAUUGGCACCAUUCCAGCAAUUUACAGUAAAAAUAUAUAUUAUUUCCUGUUAGGAAAAUGACACUGAUGCUUGAGGAGCAAUAUAAAUCUACCAUGUGCUGUGUUAAGAGUUCAACACGUGGAAAAUGUGUUUUUUUUUUCUCCUGCAGAAAUGAUCUGGACUCUGAUUAAACAAGACAAAUAUGCAGCAUCAGAUGCGGAAGUACCUAACUUUGUCAUUUUUGUUUGUCGUCUUUUAUAACUCGUGGCAGCUUGAGUUUUGAGCCCCCUGCAAUGUUGAAAUGAAGAUUGAUGAAAAAGUUGUCAGCUACUUUGAAUCCUGCAGCUCACCUGUGGACAAGGAAGGGUACCUCUCCAAAAAGGGUGAGAUAAAGACUUCCUAUCAGAAGCGCUGGUUUGUGCUGAAGGGGAACCUCCUCUUCUACAAGGAUCGGCCGGCAGACAAGGACGUGAUAGGCGUGAUUGUUCUGGAGGGCUGCACCGUCCAGCUGUGCGAGUCCGAGGAGCAGUUCGCCUUCUCCCUGGUGUGGAGCGAGCCGGGCCUGAGGACGUACAAGUUCGCCGCGGAGGACCAGGCGAGUCAGGAGAGCUGGAUCAAAGCCCUGCUGUCGGCCAGCCACAGCUACCUGGCCCUGCUGGUGAUGGACAUGGAGAAGAAGUACAGAGAUGCUUUGAAUGAAUUUUCCAGUAAACCAAGCAAACCCUUCGUGAUGCCCAGCUUCCCCACAGCAGCAGACGCGAGCUCUCCGAGCACAGCUGCUUCAUAUUCAGCUCAGGUUUUAGGAGCCGGAGCCCCUCUGAGCUCCAACCCCGAGCUUCAAGUUCCAAACAGAUCAGCUAACAAGAAAUCAUCCAAAAUGUGGCCCCAAAGAACCUCAGACAUGGUGCCUGUUGGAACUCUUGCUCAGGGUCUGGGUCUGGGUCUGGGUCUGGGUCUUGUCUCCGAGGACGAUUUCAUGAAACUACAUGAAGAAUUCGGAAAGGAAAUUAAGGAACUGAUUGCUGAUUGGUCAAAGAAAAAACACGGUGGUGGAUUUGUUCAGGAAGAAAACUUGAUUGAUUUUGGAUGAAAAAAUAUAUAUAAAAAAUUAAAAGAUUUCAUAUCGGAAUAUGAAARAGUUGUUUAAAUGUUGUGAACUGGAGGACUAAUUUAAAGACACAUUUCAUGUUUUUGUUGCCUUGUUUUUAAUUUUAUUUUUAUGCCAUAAAUGGAUCAAUAAAUGAUCUGUUUUGCUCAAGUUGAGGUGAUUUUUAAAGACAUUGUAAAAAUAACUUUACAUGAAAUGUUGCCUCAAACAUUCAUCCUGACAGUUUAGACAGAUUUACAAAAAAUGAUAAAUUUGCCACAUUUAAAUAUUAAACUAGAGAAGAAAAUUCAGAAUGAACACAGUACACAAUGACUACUGAAAUUUACUGAUGAAACUGAACUGUAUAAGCAGAACACAAGGUAAAAGGAGGAAAAUGCUAACUAAAAGUACAACCCCAAUUUCAAUGAAGUUGAGGAGUUAUGUAAAACAAAAACAGAACUCGAUGAUUUUUACUGAUUUUUGACUUUUGUUGUCCCUGUCCCAGAUGUUUUGUGAAUAUUUACAAAAAUAUCAAUAAAGUUUAUAUGUUUAAACAUUAA